CAUUGAAUACAAAUCGACUUUUCUUAUGUAGUUAGGUUCCAUAUAAAAUAAUAUACUUAAUGGAUCGUUUUAAAACAAAAUUCGAAGCUGAAAAAUGGCUUCAUGAAUUGUCUGACGAAGAUUAUUUAUUUUUGGUUAACCUUAGUUUUAAAAUUUUUUACCAAAGUUUUAAUUUAGAAAAUGAUGAUAAAUUUGCAGAAUUUAAAAAUAAAAAAGAACAGGAAAUUGCAUUAAUCAAGUCAAAAAAUGAAAAUGAAAAGAAAUCUCUUCAAGAGACCUUUAUAAAUGACAUCUACCAUAAAAAAAAACAAAUUGAAAAUUUGCAAUCACAGCUAAAUGAAAAGCAAUCAGAAUUAUCAAAGUUAAAAAACGAAACGAAAGAAGAAAAAAAUGAAUUCGAAAAAAAAAUUCAAAAUUUAAAAAAAAUUAAUCAAGAUUUGGAGGAUAAACAAAAGGAAAUAGUGAAUACUAAAUUUAACAAAAAAAAAGAAAUAUGGGAAAAAGACUUGCAGCUACAAAAAAUAAAUGAAAAUAAUGACAAGCAACUUUUAAAUGCUACCAUUACUGAAAAAGACAACACAAUUGGUUCACUUCAAGAAGUAAACAAACAAUUUAUUGAUAAAAUUGAAAAGCAUUUGAUGCGAGUAGAAAAAUCAGUCAAGCUGGGUAAUGAUGGGGAGAAUUUUUUUCAAAAUCUAUUGAGUGGUGACAGUUUCAUUAAUUAUCGGAGAGUUUCUCACCAAAAACAUAAAGGAGAUUUUGUUGUAAAAAUCCGAAACAGUAAUUUUUAUGGAAUGCUUGAAGUCAAGAAUUUAAAAGAGCAUACUUCAGUUUCCAAAGAAGAAAGAGAUAAAUUUAUCAAAGACCUGGAUGAUAACCAUAACUACAGCUAUGCUAUGCUUGUUUCUUUAAAUGGAGGAUUUCCGGAAAGUUGUGAAGAGUUAAAGAUUUUUUCCACUUCAAAAGAUAAAUUGUACUGCUACAUUGGAUAUUUUGCUAAAAAGGAUAUUCCAGAUUUGUUUCUUAAGACUGCUUGGCUUGCUCUAGAUGUUGCCAUGGAAAAAAUUGGUGCUCAAGGGUCUGACAAACAAGAGUUUAUUAAGUUACUCGAAACGGCAGUUAAAAAUUGUCAAAAUAACAUGAAUACUGCUGCUAGUUUGGAAAAACAAGCAAAAAAAAUCUUUGAUACAAGUCAUAAAUUUCAUAAUGAUAUCAAAAAGCAAUAUGAAAACAUUUUUAAAAAGUUUAAUCAGCUUAAAAGCAAUCAAUGUUUUUCUGGAGUUUCUACUGAUGGUAAAGAUAAUGUUGCACUUCAUCCAAUUUUUAAGAAGCAACGGGUUGAGACGAGUAAUGAGUGAAGCACCUAAAUAUUUAAAAAACAAACAACGUUUACAUACGCGCGCGCAUAUAUAUAUA